AACUUGGGAAGCGCUUGUGCAGCACUCAAGGACGAGGAGGAGGAGGAGGGGAUGCGAGCACAGUGGGGACCCGAGGGUUGAGGGAUCUCGAGGGGAUCUCGAAGGGAUCUCGGAAUUACUGGGGUCGCGAGCGGAGAGGGGACUUUGAGAAUAGGGAAGUCCCCAAGAGGGUGACUGCUUGUUUUUAGGACAGGGACUGGGAGAGAUAUUCUGAGCACCUGAGGAGAACGCGGGGAGAGACUCGGAGAGACUCGGGGCGAUUGAGGAAAAUUCGUAGACACUCGGAGAGGCUGAGGGAAACUCAGGGAGACUCAGGGAGACAAGAGAGAAUCAGGGUGACUGAGGGAGACUGAGGGAGACUCAGGUCGAUUGAGGGCAACUCAAAGAGAAUCAGAGAGACUGAGGGAGACUCGGGGAGACUGAGAGAAUCAGGGAGACUUCGGGGAGACUGAGAGAGACUCAGGGAGACUCAGAGAGAUUGAGGGAUACUCAAGGAGGCUAAGGGAGGCUGAGGGAGACUCGGGAAGACUGAGAGCGAUUCAGGGAGACUGAGAUAAAUUCAUAGACACUCGGAGAGGCUGAGCGACACUCAGAGAGACUUAGGGAGACUCGCUGGGAGCUAUGGUGGUGGAACGGCGCUUCAGACUCGACGCGGACAUAAGUUUUGCGAACUAUGCGCGCAGCCAAGAUUACCGGCUGCUGGGACGCAAGGGCGAGGGAACCUUUUCGGAGGUCCUCAAGUGCCAGAGUCUGCGCGACGGCGCCUACUACGCCUGCAAGCGACUCAAGCAGCGAUACGACAGCCAGGAGAGUGUGAACGGCCUGCGCGAGGUGCAGGCCAUGCGACGCCUCGGCUCCCACCCCAACAUCGUGCAGCUGCACGAGGUUCUCUACGAUAAGAAGUCGGGGACCCUGGCGCUGAUCUGUGAACUCAUGGACAUGAACAUGUACGAGCUGAUCCGAGAUCGGAGAAACUUCUUGCCAGAAGGGAGGAUUCGCAGCUACAUGCAGCAGCUGUGCCGCUCUCUUGACUACAUGCACAGGAACGGCAUCUUCCACCGCGACGUGAAGCCAGAGAACAUCCUCAUCAAGCAGAACGAGGUGCUGAAGCUGGCAGACUUCGGUUCAUGCAAGAGCGCGUUCGCGCGGCCGCCCUUCACGGAGUACAUCUCGACGCGCUGGUACCGCGCGCCCGAGUGCCUCCUCACCGACGGACACUACGGCCUCGCCAUGGACGUGUGGAGCGCCGGCUGCGUCUUCUACGAGAUCACCAGUCUGCAGCCGCUCUUCCCGGGAGCGAACGAGGUGGAUCAGAUCUCAAAGAUCCAUGAGGUCCUGGGAACUCCUACCGCUGCCCUGCUCAACAAGAUGAGGAGUAAGAGCCGUGGCCUGGGCCUGGAGUUCCCCUCCCAGAAGGGGUUGGGGCUGAGCCGGCUCGUGCCGCACGCCUCGGCCGAGGCCACGCAGCUCAUGGCCGCCAUGCUGACCUACGACCCCGAGGAGCGGCUCUCCGCCAAGGGGGCACUCCGGCACGCGUUCUUCACGGGCGUGCGCUCGGCGAGCCAGCCGGCGCAGAUAGGGGAUCCGGAGCGCGGUCCCAUGGGGGUCUACGGCCCCCUGUCCCCACUGGGACUCAAGGAGGACCCCCCGGCGAAAGCUGCGUCGCUCCCCUGGAUCAGCGCCGCCAAACCCGUACCCCGCCGGCAGAAGCGGUUCCAGGCGCAGGGGGGGCUGGCCGUGCCGGUGUCGCACCCCCGCGGGGGGGGCGGCCCCCCCGAGAGCAGCUUUUCGUCGGCCUCCGCCUUCCACGGGCUGCCCCUGUCGCGCCUGCGCGUCGGGGGGGUCGCCCCCCCGCUGCGGCUGCCCCCGCUGCCCCCGCUGCACGCCUCGGGGUCGGGGAUCCACCUCUCCACGCUGCAGGCGCAGGCGCGCAAGGCCGAGCACGCGGAGCGCCUGGGGAUCCACUACCCUCUGCCCUCCAUGGCACGUCGCGGGGGGAAGUUCCACUGAUCCCUUCUGCUAACCCUCGGAUCCCCCUCCCGGGGUGAUCAGGGAACCCGGGUGCCCCCCAGGAACCGACGUCUCAACCACAGCCGCUGACCCUCACGUCGCCAUGAGAGGGCGCCAUCAGCCCGGCCAAGCGACGAAGGGACGGAGCUCCCAGGCAGUUUGCCAUCUCAGGCGGGGGAACCGAUGCAGCACGAGCGAUGAGCGGCUGUGCCCAGUAGGGGGGACGUGGACUCUGCCAGUUGGGGGUUUGAGGGUGCGCCAGCUGCUGUAGCCCCCCACCCCCACGGUUCAGUAGGGUGCGCCAGCUGUGGUAGGGUCAGGUGGAGCCACCCAAGUGGUCUUACUCAUCUGACCAUCAGUCACUGAAUCUCUCUCAUCACUUGGGUGGUUUUCCUCUGUGGUUUGGGGGAGGCGACAUCGGUGAGUUUUCUCCCACACCUGACGAAACUUUCUCCAGCACCGCAGGAAUUGGGACUCCAAGGGAGACCUGGUCCACAGGGUGCUGCAGACCAUGGGAGGCGCUGGGGCAGCACAACUCUUCACAGUUACACCACAGAGCCGAGCUAUAAUCUGAUUAUAUAAGAUUACUUUGUCAAGUUUAUUGGAUUGAUUACUCAGCUAAUCGAAUUACAUGUACAUGAAAAUAGGAGCAAAAAGUAUCACCUCUGUCCCCAUGUGUGCCACUGGACAGAUGAUGAGCGGGGCUUUGUUAAGUAAUUGACACCAUUAGCUGUGUCACGCUGGACGUGGCUUAUCGGGGGUUUCCUGCCUUCGUCGGGCAGAAAGCACAAAAGGGUGGCCCGGUCACUUUUUAAAAGGGCCCGAGUAAUCGACAACCAAAAAAAGUAGUCUAUUACAAUUUUAAUCAAAUAAUAAUCCCAGCUAAAAACUCUUCACGGAUAAAACUCUAUCCUCAGAUAAAUUCCUCCGAGUGAAGGGGCACCGAGGAGAUUGUGAAGAUUUCAUCCCAAAUCGGUCACGGCCGCGGCGUGAACGACGCCGCUGGGAGCUGCGAUCAUCGAUGCCGAUUCCGAGUCUUUCAGGGGGCACCUGGGCAGUGGAAGGGGGUGGAUGAGGUUGGGCGCGGGGCCCAUAAUGGAUUCGGUAGAGCGUGGCGGGUGGGGUUAGGGCUUGUACAGAGCUGUGCCGUGUUUUAUUCUUGGUUGUAAAUUCUCUUGCUGCAGAAAUAAAAUGCGAUGAGGCGCGAGAGAGGA